AGCAAGCUGAAGCAAUGGGCGACUGGAGCUUUCUGGGGAGACUAUUAGAGAACGCGCAGGAGCACUCCACGGUCAUUGGCAAGGUUUGGCUGACGGUCCUGUUCAUCUUCAGGAUCCUGGUGCUGGGCGCCGCGGCGGAGGAGGUCUGGGGGGACGAGCAGUCGGACUUCACGUGUAACACGCAGCAGCCCGGCUGCGAGAACGUCUGCUACGACAAAGCCUUCCCCAUCUCCCACAUCCGCUUCUGGGUGCUGCAGAUCAUCUUCGUGUCCACGCCCACGCUCAUCUACCUGGGCCACGUGCUGCACAUCGUGCGCAUGGAGGAGAAGAAGAAGGAGCGCGAGGAGGAGCUGCCGAAGGCCGACGGCCCGCACCCCGGGCCGGCCGCGCGCUGCGGGCCUGGCGGCCACGGCCAGAAGGACCGGCCGCCGGUGCGCGACGACCGGGGCCGGAUCCGCAUCGCCGGCGCCCUGCUGCGGACCUAUGUCUUCAACAUCAUCUUUAAGACGCUCUUUGAAGUGGGCUUCAUCGCCGGCCAGUACUUUCUGUACGGCUUCGAGCUGAAGCCCCUCUACCGCUGUGACCGGUGGCCCUGCCCCAACACGGUGGACUGCUUCAUCUCCAGGCCCACGGAGAAGACCAUAUUCAUCAUCUUCAUGCUGGCAGUGGCCUGCGUGUCGCUGCUACUCAACAUGCUGGAGAUCUACCACCUGGGCUGGAAGAAGCUCAAACAGGGGAUGACCAACCACUACCGCUCAGACUCCCCCGAAUCCAGGGUGGGGGCCGCGAAGCCUGGCGGCGUGAGCCCGCUGCCGCUCCCCUCCCCGUCCGCCCUGCCCACGGUCACCAUCGGAUUCCCGCCUUACUACACGCACUCCGCCUCUUCCCUGGGACCGGCCACCGCCGCGGGCUACCCCGGGGCCCCUCCGCCGGCCACCGACCUCGGCACGGCCGCCCCGUCUGAGGCGCGCGAGAAGGCUCGCCCUGCCAGAUUCCACAACGGCAACCACCACCUGCUAGCGGCAGAGCAGAACUGGGCCAACCAGGAGGCCGAGCAGCAGACGGCCGGGAGAAAGGCCUCCCUGCCGGUGUCCGCUUCUGCCUCCCCGAGCCCUGCGGGCAGCACCGGGCAGCUGGCGCAGGACGCAGGCGCGGGCGGCAGCGCCCCCGGCCCGUUGGCGGACGGGACCGGCAGCAGCCUGGGCGACGACGGCAAAUCGGCGGGGACCCCCGACCUGGACGGGGAGCAGGCGGGGAGCCCCGAAGUGGAGAUGCUCGCGCCUCCUCUGCCCCCCGCAGACCCCGGGCGGUCGAGCAAGGCCAGUAAGUCCAGCGGCGGCCGGGCCAGACCGAAUGACUUGGCCAUCUAGCGGGCGUCUCUCCAGACAGCUUUAUAAUAACCGUUUCUUCUCGCAACCAAAACCGAAGUGCAGUUCCGGUCUGCAGGUAGACAGAGAGCCUGGAAGGGAGAGGGCACUGCAGUGGCAGAAGGGGAAGAUCAGGAGGAGGAGAGCAGGUUUCUGUGUGUCCAUGCUUGCUGUUCUUAACACUGUGAGGUAGAGUGGGGAGAACGUCAGUGCUUGCUGAGAUGGGGAGGUGGGGGCAACGUGGGUGCAGGGGCUGUUGACCUUGAAAGAUGUUCACGGCCACCCAAGAGUCCAACAACCUGGGCCGCCUUUGCAGGUGCUGCUGUGCAGCCUUGGGCUCCGCCGUCUCUGUGGGUAACUGUUCCGUUGUGGUAAAGCGACAGGUGUCUUUACCGGGGGGCAAUUGCGUUUUCCAUUCCUACGCUUCCCCAGAGCCUCUGGGCAGCCCACAAAGUCACAGAUGCCCUUAGCACUAUCUCUGUUUGAUACUUUUAACUUAGAGUUGAAUUUCAUUUGGGAUAUUUGCCAAACUGCACUAAAAAAAGACCUAGAGCGAGUCCAUAGACUGUCAUUUGAGUUUCUGAAAUUGCCUGGGAAGCCCAGGAUUCCACACUGUGCGCUUCGUGACGAGUGACGAUGAGCAGGUACCCUCCAGGGGCGGAGAUCCAGCAGGCGAGAGCCACGGAGGCUGCUGGUAAGAGAGCAGGUAGAAACGCAGCGACACUUGGGGUAAUUUUUAAACAGUUGAGGAAAUUGAAAUACAAGUGUGGCAGGUAUGCCUUAGGUAUUUAUUUUUUAAAUGAUAUUUUGUGCUUUGAUCUGAAUUGUACAGGUAUGCCUAUCCCCCCGCCCC